UGAAUUAUGUUGAUUGUAUUGCGGCAUCUGGGCUGUUAGUAGUUAUUAUCUGAACAAACUCGUUAGUUUAAUGGUCAAUUCCGUUUUCUUUGUAGUUCAUGAACAAGGACUUCAAUUUUUUUUGUUAGAGUACAUAUAAUCAUAUUUGAUUUUUUGGGAUUCCCCUAUUGACAGGUAUGUGGAGCCAAUUCCUCUAGGCGAAGCAACCAAGUUUGAGUUUGAGAACAUGAUUGUGGGACAAGCCAUACCAUCAAAUUUCAUUCCUGCUAUCGAGAAGGGUUUUAGAGAAGCAGCUAACUCGUGAGUGCUGGACCACAAAUCGUCAUCUUGGAUUCUUCUACUUUCAUAUGUGAUGAAUAAUCAAUUGAUCCUUUGCAUGUCCAUUCUUUAGGGGUUCCCUGAUCGGGCAUCCAGUUGAAAACCUCCGGAUAGUUUUAACGGAUGGUGCUUCCCAUGCUGUUGAUUCUAGUGAACUCGCAUUUAAACUGGCGGCAAUAUACGCUUUCAGACAGGUUUUCUCUCUCUUUCCUUUGUUGUUGCUUCCUUUGAUACGCUUCUUGAUGGAACACCAAUUUUCGGAUUCUAUCAUAGUUACUAUUAUUAAGAUUUAUUUAGAUAUGGUUAGUAGUCUUUGAGUCAUAUUAGGAUAGUCGAUAAGGUUUUUCCAGUAUUUAGCUAUAAAUAAGUAUUAUGGGUCUUUAGGUUCAAUUAAGCAGAAAUCAGUUAAAGAAUUAUCUUCCCCAAACCCUAAGCUCUCCCUAUCUCCUAAUUUCUCUUCUUGCCUAGUCCAAGACUUCGGCCGAUUCUUUAUUAUGUUCUUCUCCUCCUAAUCUCAAUCCCUAAUUCUGUUCGUAUAAACCCUAAUUCCCAAAUAUUGAACCUAAGCAGAAAUCAGUUAAAGAAUUAUCUUCUCCAAACCCUAAGCUCUCCCUAUCUCCUAAUUUCUCUUCUUGCCUAGUCCAAGGCUUCGGCCGAUUCUUUAUUCUGUUCUUCCUCUCCUAAUCUCAAUCCCUAAUUCUGUUCGUAUAAACCCUAAUUCCCAAAUAUCAAAUCCGAUAGAACCUUUCUUCUAUCAUUUGGUAUCAGAGCCAACAUGAGCUCGUUACAGCUCUCUGAUCUAGAGUGGGCUCAAAUAAACCAACAGCUACAGCAAGCAAUCGAUGCGCUUGAUCGAAUGGCGCUGGCGCGACAGCAGCCGAGGCGGCGGCCGAGGGCGCUGCUGCAGGGGAACACCGCGCGGCUGAGGCAGAACAGAAGGCGGCGCAGGCGCGUCGCGCCGACGUGGAGGAGCGCGCUGCCGGGGCGCGGGCAGGCGAUGCGGCGGCGGCAGCGCGGAUCGCGAAAGAUGAUGGAGCAGAGGAGCGACCGGCGAACGGGGAAAGGAAGGAGGGUGACGCCUCCCUGCUACGCACCAACCCUUGGCCUUCUGAUGGGCCAAGAAGUGCGGCCCGGUUCGAGGAGAAAAAACAAGGAGGCUUGGAUCUGUGGUUGGGCCAAUCCGACCAGUCUGAGGCUUGGGCUUUGGAUGGGCCCGUCUCUAUUUAUAGGCCAAGUUUUCAGAGAGACUUUGGGCUUCAAAUGGGCUGUUUGAGUAUAUCUGAUUUGAAGAAUGUGGGCCCAAAUGGUUGGCUAGACAAUUUCUUGGGAUUUGCAAGUGGGCUCGCAGAAGAAUAUGAACCAAACCCAAUUGGGGAAGUAACAAGACAAGUUUUUCCAAGAAAAAUGUUUGAAGUUCUCAAUGAGUUGGUACUUAAGGAUGAAUUUUUAAAAGAAUCUUUGAAUUUCUUAAGUAGUUGGAAUGUGGAGCCAAAGAAAGGAGCUAUUGAAGUUUGAGUUUGCCAAGGAAGUAAAGAGUGGGCCCAUGGGGCUCGCAGAAGAAUAUGAACCAAACCCAAUUGGGGAAGUAACAAUACAAGUUUUUCCAAGAAAAAUGUUUGAAGUUCUCAAUGAGUUGGUACUUAAAGGAUGGAUUUUUAAAAGAAUCUUUGAAUUUCUUAAGUAGCUGGAAUGUGGAGCCAAAGAAAUGUGGAGCCAAAGAAAGGAGCUAUUGAAGUUUGAGUUUGCCAAGGAAGUAAAGAGUGGGCCCAUGGAAAUGAAAUUCGAGGUGUGCGACCAACAGGAGGAGAUCAGUGCCAAAGACCCUAGUGACGAGUUAGAGUAUGAUUGGAGGAAAAGGAAGCGCAAGAAAUGGAUUGGUCAAGGCUCGGUUUGCAUGGACGACAUAGAGAAGCGGGUCGGGUCGGUCAACCUUGAGGCCAAGGUUGGUUUCAAGUUUCCAGUAUUUAGCUAUAAAUAGGUAUUAUGGGU